AUGCACCCCCAGACCCGCGCCCCCAUCUCUUUUCCCUACCCAUUCUCCCCCGUUCCUUCUCCUCGGACGCCACCGUGGACGAGAAGGCUCCAGGCCGGUUCUUUUCCAGCUCCGGACCUCCACAACUCCAGCACGGCCGAGCAGAGGCACGAGCUCGCCGGCCCGCCACCGUCGACGAGGAGGCCUCCUCACGCCGUUGUGUCGCUGAACCACCGUCGCCGCCGCCCCACGACCCACGACCAUCGACGAGAGGGCUCCAAGGCCGGUCCUAUUCCUGCUCCGGUCAUCCUCGACUCCCGCACGAACGAGCAGAGGCACGAGCUCGCGUCGGCGCCCUCCGGCCCACCACCGCCGAUGAGGAUACCUCCAGCACGCCGUGUUUCUCAACCGCCGCCGCCCCAUGGCCCGCCACCGCCACCCCACGGCAUGCCACCGGCGAAGAGAAUGAUCCCAACACAGUGUGGUGCAUGUGAGGACCCAAUUGCUUUUUUUUGUGUGUAG